GAGACCGUCUCGUACGCACUUGUAUUGCCCGCGCGGAGCACUCGCAUCGCUCGCGCGUCGUUAACAGUGUGUUACUCCUCCCGUGGCGAAACAACCACCGCCCAGUCUUAUCCGUACCGGUGCCGGCGGUGAACCGUUUUCGUGCGCGCCCGUUUCGUCUGUGCUGUUUUUAUUUGUUAUUAUUUUUUCACAUCCGAGUUUACCUACCGGCGUCCGACGAGGAACAGUUUGGCGGUAUUUUACGUACACGCCCGGUCGAUUAUUAACAUUUUAUUUUUUUUUUUAAAUUUUAAUUUUCGGCGCACCGUAUCCACCGUAUACACGGUAAAAAAAAUUUUCGAACGUUUUUGAAUUUUUUUUUUUUCGGCGCCCCGCGCCCGCGCGCGACGUUCGCGCCUUUUUUUUUUCGGUUUUUUUCCGGAACACGCGAUAAAAACAAUUUUCGUCGGUUUCCGGCCGAUACCGUGCGAUUAUUCGUCGAGUUUCCCGGCGAAACGAAAGCGCGGGACGUUCGUUCGGCGGACAUCCAGCGAAGGUGGACCACGACCGCUGGGAUUACACGGAUAAAAUCGCGUUGCCGGGUAAGUCACCGAAAAAAAAAUAAAAAAAAUUACAUAAUAUUACCCGCGAGUAACACGGCGGCGUUUAGGCGCGAGUUUUCCCGCCAGCCGGCAUCGGCGCGACCAACGUGGCGAGCGCGUUGGGCGUAUGCCGGCCGGCGUCGGCGACGCGCCGGCGCGCCGGCUCGCCCUUCACUUUCGCGCGCGCUCGGUUGUCGAACCUUUUUUUUUUUCCCCCCUUUCGCCGUCGCUCACGACGACGCCAUACCCUCUAGCUCCUGCCGCGUCCCACGUACCCUCGGAAAAUCGUGGAUGUUUUUCCAGUCGUCGGGGGCCCCCACCCCCAUCGUCAUUACCGGCGCUUUGCUCGCCGAAACCUCGUCUUUUCGUGACUGCGGCCCGCGGAACCCGGGGACGGGUAAAGUGGCGGGCUCGAAGAUCACAUUUUUCCCGGGCCCCCUUUUUCGGCGAAUCCCCCGGGAAAUUAUCGCUCUUCUCGUCCCCGCGCUCGUAAUUCACCGCGCGUACGUCGGCCUACCGACAACCCCCCCCCCCCCCACGGUCUACGACUCACGAUCUAAUAUUACGGUGUUUCGCACAGGUGCCGCCAAAAUGGUGAACCCGAGCACAGAAUCCAUACUGAACCAGAUGACCAACCUGGCCAUGGACAUCGCCAUGGACUACGUGUUGCCCGCGUCGCCGAUGAGCGACGUGUGCAAGAGCGACCUGUUCGAAUUCGAACGCGAGGUGGUCGCGGCCGUCAGCGGCGGCGUUACCGGCGGCCUUAUGGGCAGCCUGAUGGCCAGCACCGUCGGUAUAACCGGCGGCUGUUGCGGCCGACCGCCCACGGACCUUUGCAAGAAGAACAGUUACAUGGGCGCGGCGGCGUGCGACUCGUGUUACGCGUGCCUGGCCAGGCGCGCCACCUCUACCUCGAAUUCGCCGAGCGGCUUCAGCCCCGGCUUCAGCAGCAGUUGCGGUUCUACCCCGUCGUCGUCGUACUCUCCGUCGACGACGACGAUGACCGCGUCGUCGCAACAGACGGCCGAAACGACCAUGGACAUCAGUUGGUGUCAGUUCGACGGCUGCGAGUUCGACACGGCCGACAACAGUUACCUGGACAUAUGCGAUUGGAUAUUUUACGCGGACCGGUACGCGCUGACCGACGAGAACCGCGAAAAAGUGCAAAAAGCGUUCCAGAUGGUGCCUCCCGGCGAGGUGACCGGUUACGUGUUCCAACCGCCGCCGACGCCGGCGCCGACCCCGACCAAAGUGACGACCAACGCGACGGCUGUGAAACGGCCCCGGUCGCCACCGCCGGCCAUACCCUUGCCGCCGUACGUGUCGCCCAUGCCGUACAUCAAGUCGGAGAUCAAGUCCGAGCCGGACGACGAGGACGACUAUCUGUGGUCCAGCGACAACCACCUGCAGCCGGUCAUACUGAAAGUGGAACCGGACGCGGACAUCCUACAGAUCACCGAACUGGACCACAGUUAUCUGCAGACGACCACGAACGUCAACUGCCACCCGUCGACGGUCGUGUCGCCCGCCAAACACCAUCCCAACCACCUGGUGGACAUGCUCGGACUCGUCACGCCGCCGCCGUCCCGGUCACAGUCUUCCGGUGAGUGUCUGAAUAUCCGAUUUCGCUUUUCUAUAGUCGCACCUCUCGUCGGUAAUUUAUCGUCCGCGACAAAUCACACGUACAACGCGCGCGCGCGCUCGAGCUCGUCGUUUUCGACGGGUAGAUUAAAUAGUAAUCCGUCGGCAUUAUUACAACGUGUCAUAAUAUCCGCCGACCGUAAUAAUAAUAUUAUCGCCGGGCGCGUACCUGCGCGCGCGCGAUACUAAUUAUUUUAUACUUUUUUUUUUUUUUCUCAUUUAUCCGUUGCAAUUUUCGGCGAUCUCGCCGGCCAACGUCUCGUUGCGCAACACGCGCCGGGUCCCGCCGCCCGGGCGCUGGGCGGCCGCCGGUGCGCGCGCUCCGGCGACCGGCACAGUAGGGAGAAAACGACGCAGCGGCGGCCCCGUCGUCGCCGGCGACCGAAACGCGCGGGAAACGUUGGCCUAGUUCAAGGCCCGCCGACUCCUUCCGAGAGCCGGCCGGCGGCGCGGACGGAACCGCUCCCGAGCCCCGUCGUCUCUCCGACCCCGCGGGUAGCGCGCGUUUACAUUUCUCGUUGUUUUUUUUCCCCCAUUCAUAUUUAUUCUUCUCUUUCCCGCGGGAAGACGAUUUCAGUACGUUUGUAAACGAUUGUAUUUUUUUUUUUUUCCCCGUAGAGGAGUAUAUUUUUAUUUUUCACAGAGAGAAUACAUUUUUUUUUUUUUUAUCUCGAGCGUGACGAACCCGCCGCGCGAGAACAUUAUCGCCGCGUGUUUACACCGGGAUUCCCGAAACGGAUUAUCAACCCGGUUCUCUUGUAUACAAAAAACAAAAAAAAAAAUAAAACGAUAAAAACAACAACAACGAAGAUAAUAAUAAAAAUAUUAUCAUUGGGCGGUGCUUUUUUUUUCCCGCGCCCGUUAUCGAAACCCAAAAUGACAUUUUUAACGGGGCAGCCGCGUCAGUCCCGAAUAAACGACCCGUUGCAUUUCCGAUUUUCACCGAAGAACCACGCAAAAUCCUCAACCGUGCAACGGUCCGGGCAGACGAAAAAACUAUUUGUUAUUGUUCGCGCACGAAGACGCGGAUAAAAAAACACCCGCGAAUCGCGAGAUUUCGAAUCGGUUCGUGUGUCGACUUCUUUUUUUCGUUUAUUUUUUUUUUUUUUCCACGCCUUUUACGAUAAUAUUAUUCCGACCGAAGUGGGUCACCGGCGAUGGUAAUAAUAAUAAUAAUAACAUUAUUAUCAUACGUUUUCUCCGCUUAUUUUUACCAUUUUCCCCCUCCCCCGGUCCGCCGAUUAUUAUCGCGAUAUUAUAAAAGUAUCGUAACGUGUUUCAAGGUCGAAUUGCGCGGACGACGACGACGACGACAAAAAAAAAAACCGCCUAUUAUUAUUACGUCUGGAUCAGAAAAACAACAAAACAAAAAAAGACAUAGCCGUCUCCGGGAGAUUUUUGCGCGAACGGUUUUUUUGUUUUUGUUUUUGUUUUGCGCCGUUUCUCGCCGGUCGUCACGCCUCGCGCAACACAGCUGACGGGCCGCGGAUCAUUUUUUUUUUUUUUUUAUUCGCUACCACGUAAUCGCCGCGACGACGGCGACGGCAGUCGUUGUUUACGUGAAAUAAAAUGGAAAAAAAAAUAAAAGUAAGAGUGUUCUUCUUCUUCUCGUCCCGGCGACGCGUUAGAAAGUGUCGACCGGACGGGGCGGCAUCUGCCGGACCCGGGCGAAAAACUGCGGGGUCAGACGUCGGGGUACCGUCGGGUACUGUCCGCGUGUAAUUCGAUAUUUCCCCCUCCCCCCAUUCUACCCUCUCCACACUCUCACUAAGCGGAGCGAGUCGCGCGCGAUAUUAGGUUACCGUCCGGGGACGAACGCUAUCGGAACACUUUCACCGAUAGUUCGACGACAACUAUCGACUACUUUUUCGAUAGUUUUACCGGAAUCCGGUGCGCGAGAACCCGUCGUCGUGACAGUGUUACACCGUGGUGAAAUUCGGUCAACAUUGGGUGCAAUCGAAAACGUUGUCUGUAGGGUACGACUACAGACGCGAUUGUCAAAAGAGAACCCCUCCACUACCCCCCCAUCCACUAAUCGGGAUAUUUUUAAUCGUAACGUGCCCAGUCGCGUCCGCUUUAGAUCGAUAACGGGCCACCGGUCUCCGACCGCGCGAAUUCGGUUUUUUUUGCCGUAUUAUUAAUAUUUACGUUGAUACGUUGAUUUUUUUUUUUUUCUACUCGUCGUCGACAAGCCGAAAACGCGCGUUUUUUCACGAUCCAAAACGUAAACGUAAAACAAUAAUAUUGUGGCAUACUGUUUAUUCAGUUUUUGUACGUUUUUGUCCCGUAAACAACAACCCGAGCGGGAGAAUCGCGAGCGCGUAAUGUGUUCUUCGCCAUUGUAUCGCCGCGGCGGCGACCGACGGAGUGAUAACGGACCGAAACGUCUAUAAAUAAACACGGGUUUUUCCCGCCGGGCCCGCGCCGUCGACGACAAACGAUUAAAAAUAUCACCGCGAAACCGCGGAAAAAUACGCGCGCGCCGUCUAAUAAUAAUAACAACACGAUAAUAAUAUUGCGAUAACGACGAAAUCAUAAAUCGGGGCGUGUAUUAUUGUUAUUAUUAUUCGGCCGUCGUGUUCGCGUCCGUCUAAAAAUACGAUUUUCUACGCGCUGUCGGCGGGGCGGGAAAAACGUUUCGGCGAAUCGAUAUACGGGCGACGGCCGCCGCCGCCGCCGCCGCCGUGGACUUGCCCUUGAACCCUAACCGGGGCCCCUCGUAGUGUUCGUCCGCACGCGCGCGGACGUACCGCGCGCACACAAACGCCGCGCGCGCUCUCUCUCGUGCACGCCCCGACCGACGCCCGACGCUACUCUCGGUUUUCCCGGCGGCGUGCCGGGUUUUCCGCGCGCGCGAAAAACGCCGACACGCCGGUACCACGCCGUCGUCGUUUCCCAUUCAGGCGGUCGUCGCGGCGCGCGCGUUGGCGGGAACCGGCGACGCCGACGAUGACUGUGCGACGACGACCGCGACCCUGACGUCACGGUCGCCCGAUCGAUGGCGCGCUCCGCAACCCCCGGCGCGGCCGCCGCCGCCGUCAUCGUCGCGGUCGUCCCGUGUACAAUAAACGUAAUACGCGCGGUCCCGUCGGCCCGCCCUUGAACCGCGGCGCGCCCGCUUCCCCCGGCGUCGCGCGCUCCCCUCGUCCGAUCAAAGGACGACGGUUCUUCCCUCCGCCGCCGCGUAGUAAAAUAGUAUCCUCCGUAGUAGUAUUGGUAGUAGCGGCGGCGGUAACGUCGUGACGUCGUCACCGAUGACGACAAACGUCGCGUAGGACUGCCGCCGCGACCGCGUUCCUUCCGCCGCCUUCGCGAUAUCGUUGUUUUUUUUUUUUGUUUUUUUUUUCUACAUUUAUUGUUUUCGCCGCGCGUUAAUGAUUAUACCAUUGCGUUGUAUAUUAUGUUGUUUUUAACGGCCGAUCUUUUUUUGUUUGUUUUUUUUUCCAUGCCGCUCCUCCCCGCAGAAGAAGAAGAGAUCGACGUGGUCAACGACAGCUGGGACAUGCCGGACCGGCCGCGCAAAGGCGCCACCAUGGCCGACAUAAUGAAGCGCGGCAUUGUGAAAAAGCGCGAACCGCCCGUGACCAAGUGGAAGAACACGGUGAAGCGGAAGCACAAGUCGGCCGCGGCGUACCCGGCCAUGCCGCCGCCGCCGCCGAAGAAACACUGCGGCGGUCUGUCGCUGCUGGACCGGUACAAAAAGGACAACAACCAGUGGAAGAACGUGGUGAUCAAAGACGAACCCGUCGACGACCCGUUGCCGGAGGACCCGGUGGGCUCGCUGAUGGCCGCCAUCAAACAGGAGCCGCUGGACGACGACGAGGAGGACGGUUACGACGUGGACGCGGACUUUGACGCGCUCAUGAAAAACGAACCGGAGGACAUGUUCGAAGACGAGUACGACGAUUACGACGACGAAAACGACAUGGACUGGGACAAGGUGUUCCGUGGCGGCUCGAACAACGCGGACGCGUCGACGUCCGGCGGCGGCCGCGGACGGUGCCACGGCAAGUUGUCCGGCGGUUCGUCGACGUGCAGCAGAUCGUCGUCGUCGUCGACGACCGCGGGCGGCGGCCGCAAGAAGAAGAAGAAGAAGAAGAAGAAGAACGGCAAAUCGUCGUCGGCGUUGAAACACCACCACCGUCAGCAGCAGCAGCAGCAGCAACAACAGCAGCAACGCGACGAGCAGGACGUGCUGCAGACGGGCCCGUGCGCCGGGAAAAAAAUCAAGUACGAGCCGGGCACCGGUUACAGUUACAAAACGAAACUGAUGGACCCGGUGAAACGGGCGCUGCACAACGACCUGGAAAAGUCGCGGCGCGUCGAGACCAGUAUGCUGUUCAUGAACCUCAGCAUGCAGGUGUCGUUCCUGGACGACAACCGGAAGAUACCGUCCAAGCUGAGCAUAUUGCGCGGCGCCAAGCGCGAGUGCGACCUCAUGAUGCUGGACGAGAGGCGGCUGCUGUCCGAGAAGCACGUCAUGCAACAGAAACAGCGAAUGCUCCGGGACCGGCUAUUCGAGCUCCGCCGCGAACAAUACCACCGGAGGUACGGUAAGAACAAUCCGAAACAACAGCCACAACAGUAGACAAAAAACGACGACAACAACACACACACACACACACAUACCCCACCCACACACAUAAACAAAAAAAAAAACCGCCACCAUACAAAAGAAAAACCAGUUAAAAAACACAUCUCAACGUGAUAUUUUUUUUUCUUUUCGGUUUUUCUGGUAUAAUUUAAUAUAUUAUUAAUUACGGUAUUUAUUAUUAUUUUUUUUUUCUGUUUUUCGUCUAAAGAAAGAUUGCUCAAAUACACGAUAUAUAUUUUUUAAGUAUAUAUUACACAAUGGGAAAAAAAAAAAAAAACCCUCUAAAUAAUAUAAUAAUUCAUUUAUUGUUUUAUACUCAUUACGGUUAUUAUUAUUGUCGGCGGCGGCGGUACGUAACGUACGUGUAAAUAUGAAAAUCGAUUUUUUUUUUCGAGAGCGAGGGAGAGAGAAGAAAAUAUUACACUUCUAGAGAUUUUUUUUUUUUUUAAUUGUUUCGAUUAUUCUCUGUCCGCUAGCUAAUACCGUUGCGGUUUUUAUUAAUUUUUUUUUUUAAGUACAUUUAUUUUUCUACAUAUUUUAAUACGUAAUUUUUAAAAAAAAUUUUUUUUAUCAAUUUCGAGAGAAGGCGGCGACGACUACGACGGGCCGGUCUGUAUCGUUAGCGCUACCGCUUUAUUAUUAUUUUUUUUAAACACAUUUUUUCCCCGAUCGUUCUCGCAGUUUUUUUUAUUUAUUAGUACAUUCUCGAUAACAUCGCGAAGUGUCGAAACGAUACGUUCCCGUAAAUAAUUUUCUCGGUUUUCGUACGCGCGUUUCCGUACGCCCGCGAAUAGAUAAUAUAAUAUUAUGUAUUAUGUAUUCUAAUAGGUACCGUAUUUUUUAUUAUAUAUUCAUAUAUAUAUAUAUACAUACAUUGUGUGAAAAAAUAAAACUUAGCGUAUAUAUUUUUAUUUUUUUUUCUCUACACGUAUAAGCCUAUUAAAUUUAUUUUUUUUUCUCUCUUUGAAAAAUCGUGAAAUAGCACGUAAAAAAUACAUAUAUAUAUAAAUAUAUAUAUAUUAUACAUAAUAACAAAAAAAAAAAAAACGCUUAAACGAGACGGAGAAGACGAGACAUGUUCCUAUUGUACAGUUUUUUUUUUUUUAAUUUUUAAUUAUCUUAUAUUAUAUAUAAUUAUGAAACCUUUUUUUUUUUUUUUUUUUUUUGAUGUAUAAUAAUUUUUAAUAUGUUACCCGUGUAAAACCGUACUGUCUAAAUGAUAAUUUAAUGGAAAAAAAAAAUUAAAAAAAAAAAAAAAAAAAACUAUCAUAGUAGUAGACGAGAAGUGACGACAUAAAUUAUUAUAUGCAUUAUAAUAAUAAAUUGAAUAAAUAACAAAAAAAUUUAAAAAAAAAAAAAAAAAAAAAAAAAGAAUAAUUUUUGCAUUUUGUGUCGAGUAAACAAACGUUUUAAUUUUUUUUUUUAUUUUAGUUAACGAGAUAAUUACGCUUCCCUCACCCACCCACCCGCCCCGUAUCCGAUCAUCCCCCACGUUUUUUUUUUCUCGAGGAAAAGAAAAACUGCACAGUACAAAAUAGAAUUAGGAGUUUUUUUUUUUAUUUUCAAACGAGACGGGAGCCGAUUUUUUUUUUCUAUUUUUUGUUCGUUGGUUGGAGUCUGUAAUAGUAUUGAUAUAAUUUUUUUUUUUUUGUUCUUUGUAGGUAUACUUAUAUAUUAUUAUAAAGAAAAAAAAUACUCGUUAGUUUUUUUUUAGUUUUUUUUUUUUUUAUCUGUUACGUUUUACCUGAUUUCGUUGCAUUUCCAAGUUGUGUUUGCGC